CUUGCGGACGUGCGGGGCCGGGGCUGCGGAGCUGUAGGGACCCCCGGGGUGGGGUCCGCCAGGAGCGGGGUCCCGGAGCGGGGGCGUCCUUGCCACAGGCGAGGGAGGGGACCCCGGGCGCGGCUUCCUGCAGCGGGGAUUCCCUUCCCAGGUCCCCGGGCGCAGGGGCGGGGCCGGAGCACCCCCUGACGCGGCGGCCGGGGUGUUCCCCUCCCAGCGUUGUUCCCCGCGGCAGGUGGCCCCCGACUGGAGCUGCCGCCAUGGGAAACACCACCAGCGAGCGUGUGUCCGGGGAGCGCCACGGCGCCAAGGCUUCGCGCGCGGAGGGCGCCGGUGGCCAUGGCCCGGGCAAGGAGCACAAGAUCAUGGUGGGGAGCACCGACGACCCCAGCGUCUUCAGCUUGCCGGACUCCAAGCUCCCUGGGGAUAAAGAGUUUGUAUCCUGGCAGCAGGAUUUGGAUGACUCUGUAAAGCCCACUCAGCAGGCCCGGCCCACUGUCAUCCGCUGGUCUGAAGGAGGCAAGGAGGUCUUCAUCUCUGGGUCCUUCAACAAUUGGAGUGCCAAGAUCCCACUGAUUAAGAGCCAUAAUGACUUUGUUGCCAUCCUGGAUCUCCCUGAGGGAGAGCAUCAAUACAAGUUUUUUGUGGAUGGACAGUGGGUUCAUGAUCCCUCUGAGCCUGUGGUUACCAGUCAGCUUGGCACAAUUAAUAAUUUGAUCCAUGUGAAGAAAUCUGAUUUUGAAGUAUUUGAUGCUUUAAAGUUAGAUUCUAUGGAAAGCUCUGAGACAUCGGGUCGAGACCUUUCCAGCUCACCCCCAGGGCCUUAUGGUCAAGAAAUGUAUGUGUUUCGAUCUGAGGAGAGAUUCAAAUCCCCACCUAUCCUUCCUCCUCACUUACUGCAAGUUAUUCUUAACAAGGACACUAAUAUUUCGUGUGACCCAGCCUUACUUCCUGAGCCCAACCAUGUUAUGCUGAACCAUCUCUAUGCACUCUCCAUUAAGGACAGUGUGAUGGUCCUCAGUGCCACCCAUCGCUACAAGAAGAAGUAUGUCACCACGCUGCUCUACAAGCCUAUCUGAAGAAGACAUCCCUUCUUGGCUCUGAGGAUUCCAGAGAAGCUUCUCCCUUGCCUUUGAACUGAACCAGUCUCAUCAGAGGCUGGAAGGUUGAUUUGCUUUGAGGCUAUUAUGUGUGUUUCAGAGCCUCCAAGUGGCUCUGCUUUUGCAUUUGAUUGCAGAUGAGAGCUUUAUGAGUUCAUGGAGUUUACUUUAAGAGAAAAAAAAAUAUCUGUAUACAUACGAGAGGAAGGUUACUGGAAACCUAGCCCCAGUUCUAUACAUUCUCUGCCUUUGGGGACUCCCCAAGACCUGUGUGGGGAGCUGCAGGAGUGAGUACACAGGAAGGUGUUCUUCCUGAAAUGAAAGCAUAGCAAACUCUUAGGAUCCUUAUUGGGCAAGGCUGUGCCACUGCACCUUGGGUCGCCAAGGGACUGGUGUGUGCUAGACUGCUGCCCCAUAUCUAACUGCCUCAUUGCGGGGUGGCUUUCCUUGCAUGGAUUCUCUGUAUUCCCACAGUAUGUGACCCAAUAUACUGUGUGUUUCAUGUGACACUAAAUGCCCCACAAGAACCUUUUUCUUAUUUUAUGUACUCUCUUUAAUCACCUCCUUCAGAUCUCAUAUUCAACCCAGUAAUGCAGAACUCACUGGGUAAGGAACCCCUUGGAAAAGCUGGGAGGCGUCUGUCUCAUCUUAGAGACUAGGGCUGCCAGAGCUCUCUUUUUUAGCCCAGUUUGUUACAGCUUGUAUUAACUUCUAAAGAAAAAAAGAGGCUCAGCAUUUUAAGAGAGGCCAGAUGUGGAAGCACUCCUGGGUCCGUUUGGUCUCUGUUUUGGCUGUGUGGCACUUUCUUGGUCUUCCACUUGGCCUGGCUCUGCUGCCAGCUUUUAUUUUUCAGAGCAGACAGCUCUGCAGAUAGGUGUGGGAUCAGGGAAAUCUUCCAAUCUUUCACCCUGGAAGAUUUUUAUGUGCCUACAUCUUUCUUUAAUGGAAAAAAAAAAUGCAUUUUCAUUGGUCUUCACAGACUGUUUUGAAGAACCUCAGGCUUUUGACAAAUGCUUCUUAAGACUUUCUUCUCUAAUGUAGGGAAUUCUACAGUCUUGGGUUAAUAUGGCCAGCCCUGUGUCCAUCGCUACACCAAGCACUUGCUCUAGAUACCAGUUCUUUGGGGCACAUUUGACACACAAUACUAGAUUUCCUUUAAGGGUUAGUAAGACCAAGCAGCCUGGUAUCCCUGGCCACGGAAAGCACUGUUGUCUGCACUAGAGAGUAACCAGAUCAUCACCUUUUCUUCCAUCUCUUCCUUUUAAGUGUGUGUGAUGAUAAAGUGGGGUCACCAGUUAACUACCGGUUGACUGAAAAGUACUCAGCCCACUGGGGAUUUAGAGAAAAAAUCCAUUUCCGGAUCUCUUGGCUCUUCCAUUUUGCAAACAAAUGCAAGUCAAACAUUCAACAUGGAAGGAGGCCAAACUGUUGAUGGUUGAGAGACUCCGUGACUGCCAAGAUGAGCCCAGCCACGCUGAAAGAGACCUGCAGGUCAGUCUGGCAGCGGAGCUACCUCCCAUUCCCACAUGUGGGUGGCACAGCAGGUCUCUUUGGCUACCAAGACCUCUCUGGUCCCAGCUGUGAGGUGGGAAGAGGUGGGGUUGUUUUGUAGUGAGUGCGGAUUGCUGAAUGCUCAGGUAGUUACUUGGUGAAACUAAGCACUGCUUCAACUAUCCGGAACCCCUUUUCUUCAGCUAAGGCUUUCGUGGAGAACCUUUACGGUCCAGACCACCUUCUAAACUGUGGACAUUUUGAAAACCUAGGCCAAAUCUUACCAUAACCAACUUCCAGGAUUUUCAGUUGUAGUGGAAGUUUGUUUUUAUUCAGUGCCCAUUGUAGAAGUGAGCCACCCAGGAGGAUUGAAAAUCUUGGUUGUUUCAUGGAGGAUUUUGUUAUAUUCACAUUUCUUAACAGUAUUGAAGUGGAAUCAUCUGUGUUUGUGUAUUAAUUUUUUUACUCUCCACAGGUGUAGCAGUAGAAUGGGUAGGAAAAGCUGUCUUCGGUCUCUCAGGCCAGAGAUUUUUGUGAAUUGGGUCUGGUUCCAAUGGCAGUGAGUUUGGUGCUGGUUAUCCACAGGUCUUCUAAUCUGGAAAUGUGCAGUGUCAGUUUCUCGGUUUUAAGAUAGUCUCCCAGCCAGACUUGAAAUGGGAGCCUACCAGCUGGUGUGGACUGGACAGGUGUGAGGAACUGGUGAUGACUCAUCAGCUGCUUCCCUGUCCUGCUAGUACUUGGCCCUGAGGAACUCUGUCCUGCUGUCACCAAGAAAUAGUUUUGGAGGAGGCGGAGGAAGGUAGCUCAAAGGACAGCUCACUUGUCCUUUCAUAUUACUUAGUUUAAGCGUAGUUUGUUGGUAAAAUAAAACAAUAGCCUUUAAGGAGGGCUAACCUUUAAACCCUUAUUAUGUACAUUUUGAGUUGUGUGGGACGAGUGAGCUGAGGAGUGAUGGAAGCAAAGGAUCAACUUGGCACUGAAAAUACCCUGUUUAAAAAAUAAAAUAAAACUAGAUACAAUCCUUUCUCUCUCACUUUGUAAAACAAACUCAGCAGCAUGUAAAAUGUCUUCCCCUUUGCCUCUUUCUCCCAUUCUCUACCCUUUUCUCUGCACUUUGUUUUUAACUUGAUUUUCAAGACUGACUUUACCAGAGUGUCAAGUCACAGAUUGCCUGAAACACAGAUUAGUCAUCUCACCGGUAUGAAGAGCUUUUCACACCACAGUUGUUAACUUCCUGAAAACUUAGACUUGAAUAGGAUUUAAUAAGCCACUGUAGGCAGCACCCUGAAGGGCAUGUUUAGCCUCAGUAGUAUGGGCCUUUUACAUAAGCUUCUAUGGUAAAGAAAGUGUAAGAGAAGAACCUAGCGAAGUUUCUGAGAGGAAUCUAUAAGCCAGGCCCACUGUCUUCUGUUCGUUUUUGGUCUCUUGGAUCUAAUGAAUCUGAGAGAAAUCCUUUGCUGUGUCCACCCUCCAUGCAUGCUGCUGAAGUGAAGUGCAGUGAAAGUGGGCGACAGGGCUUUUCAGUUUUUGACCUCAACUAAAAAUGAUAUGCAAUCAUCGUGUUUCUGUGUGUUUGGAGUGCAUUCUCUUCUCAGAGAUGUCUUUGCCCUCACACUAGCGAUUUGGGGCAUAAGAGCAGAUAGAUGUAUAACUUGUUCCUCUAUCAUUGCGACUCCUCCUCAAAGCCAGGUUCUUGCUGUCUUCUGUCAGGGGCUACAGACUCCAGUUACUCAUGAUUGGCAGAGCUGGCAGUGGUGAUGCUUUUUCAGAGCUUUGUGGGUCUAAGCAUUUGUCUGUCCUUAGGUGCCAAUCACAACUGGAGGUUGAAGGACCGAUUUCGGCAAUGAACCAAAAAUAAACUAAGCAUUUGGAGUAAAAAGCCAGGUCUUUAUUCAGUUACAGAAAAGAAGAAAAACAUCUCAAGUCUGUUACUUGUAGUGUGAUUAUCAGAAGUAGACUCCCUCUAGGAUUCUAAUCUGGGCUUUAUCUCCAUUUGUUUUUCUCACUAGUGCUUUGAAGUGAGUAAUCUUCAUUAACAAGUAAAAAUGUGUUCCAACAUUAAUUGGAGUCCAUUUGACUUGUGUGUUACACAGUACUUUUCAGUAAGCUAGGUGUAUUAAAUAUCAUGGGUUUUGCAGGUAUCAAGUUAAAGGGUCAAGGGGGAUACCUAUGUAACUAUUGUGUUAGGUGUUGGCCAUCUCUCUUCCCCUCUGUAGAGCACCCUACCCAGCUUACUAUUUUCAGGACAGCCAAAAGUCAUUGAUUUGUUCAAAAUUCUGUACCGGGUACCCUAGCUACGACAUGUUUGUAUUUGAGUAAAUUGGAGAAUGUUGGUUGGUAUUACACUAUAGCAUUUCAGAUGAGUGCAGCUCUGUGUUUGUUAUAAAGCAGGGAUAAGACUUUAAUUUGAAGAAAAUUAAAUAUGUGUGAGUCUUUUAAAUGGUGCUUUUUGUAACCUUCAGUGCUACAGUGCAGAGCUGCUUUUCAAUAAUUCAAAAAGGAGAGGAUCCAAGUAAGGAUUUUAAAGCUUUUCUCCAAACGUAAUUUGUCACUGAACUCUGACAUGCUUGAAUACUGUAUGACGUAACACAGAAUCGUGGCUUUGUUUGUUUCCAUAAAACUGUUUAAUAAAAGUAUUAUACAGCAAUAA